GUUGCGCUUCCUCCUCAGUUGGCGUUUUGGUGCGGUCGGUGGAGGACGGUUUCGGCUUGAUCGUUGUUUGACUGUGCCCCGGAGGAGUAAAUAUUAUCGGGCCCUCCGGUGUGAGACUAAUAUUGUUGUCUGUGCCGUGUUCGUGUUUUAGGUUAGUGUGACAGUGAAAUUUCUGUUGGAUUAAGUUUUGCUUUUAUUCCGCCAACAUGACUGGAAAAGGCAGGGGCCGGGGCAACAAGAACCGUGAUGCUACUGCCGCUGCCCCGACGGGCCCAGGUGCUCCUGGAGCUUCAAGGGGGCCCUCCUCUUACGCUCAGAUGGGUGGUGGCCCGGCAGCUGCGCCCCAGCCAGCAACCGCUAGGGCUCCAGCCGCUACUGCUUGGGGGCCGCCUCCCGGCGCCUCGUCAAGGGCAACACAUAGGCCACAGGCUACGAGCCAGCCUGGCGAUUUACCUGCUCAGAUGCAGCAAAUGGGCUUGGGUGGCCGACCGGCUGCGCAGCCUGCACCGUCUGGGAAUGGGAAUGGAAAUGGUGGACAUGCACCUGUAGGUCGAGGUGCCAUGCGUGGUGGUCGUCAAAUUGAUAUUCCUGACAGAGCUCCCAAAACCCGUCCGGAUCAUCUCAAAACAAAGAAAGGUCAGGUUGUAGGAAAAGCUGUCAAAAUGAGGUUUAUGGCCAACUACUUCCAAAUCAACACUGUGCCUGACUGGGUGCUCCACCAAUAUCGUGUGGAUAUAUCUCCAGAAGAGGAUCAUACUAGUACGCGCCGGUACCUAUUAAGAACCCAUAAAGACAAGCUGGGUGGUUAUUUGUUUGACGGAACUGUUCUCUACACUGCUGAGCGCUUGGUCACCCCUCAGAAUCCCCAAAUGACCCUGACAGCCACAUCUGACCAAAGAGAGGGUGUUGUGUUUACUAUUACUAUUCGGCAUGUUGGCCAAGUUGAUUAUGGAGAUUAUGCCUAUAUUCAAGUCUACAACUUGCUUCUCCGGUCAUGUAUCAAUGCCUUGGACUUGCAGUUGGUUGGCCGUGAUUAUUAUGAUGCCAAGGCAAAGAUUGAAGUCCCUGAGUUUGGCCUUGAGCUCUGGCCUGGCUACAAGACAAGCAUCAGGCAGCACGAAGCAAGCAUUCUGAUGUGCUGUGAAAUUACUUUCAAAGUUAUGAGGACUGAGACUGUUUACGAUAUUUUGAGGAAUUGUAUGCAGCAGGGUAGUGAUUAUCAGCGAAACUUCUCCAGAGAGGUGGUGGGAUGCAUUGUGCUGACCAAGUACAAUAAUAAGACCUACAGAGUGGAUGAUGUCAAUUGGACAAUGACACCAGGGCACAAGUUUAAAUUCAGAGACGAGGAGAUCACUUUUGCUGAGUACAUGCGAAGAAAAUACAACAUUACCAUUAAGGAUUUGAAACAACCCCUCCUAGUUUCGAAAGCCAAGGCUAGAGAUGUACGUGCAGGAAUGACAGAAAUCAUAAAUUUGAUCCCUGAGGUGUGCCACUGCACAGGGCUAACAGAUGCCAUGAGGGAGAACUUCCGUCUGAUGUCAGCAUUGGCCAUUCACACUAGAGUUAAUCCUCAGCAGAGAAUUCAAAAGCUCAUGCAAUUCAAUCAGAGGCUGUUGGCAGAGAAGAGGGCUGUUGACAAGCUUGCAGAGUUCAAGAUGACCCUGGACAAGAACUUGGUGACAAUGGAUUGUCGAGUUGAGGAAACCGAGAACAUCAUCUGGGGAGGCAACAAGAUUUUGGGUGCUGGCCCCAGAGUUGACUGGACUAGUGGAUUCCGGAACAGUGCCCUCUUGAAUGUUAAGCACCUGGAAAGAUGGGUUGUUCUGGUUUCUGGCAGGGACAAAGCAAAUGCUCAGUCCUUCAUCCAAUGUCUUAUGAAGACAGCUGCCCCCAUGCGGUUUAACAUCCAAAACCCCCAGCUUGUCGAGCUCCGUUCGGGUAAUGCAGCUGAAUACCCUCAAGAGUUGAAUAAGGUCAUGGACACUUCUCAACCACAGUUGAUCAUGUGUGUAGUAGGCGGAAAGAGAGUAGAUGUGUACUCUGCAAUCAAGAAGAAGUGCUGCGUGGACAGAGCAGUGCCUACGCAAGUUAUGCAAGCCCGAAAUCUGAACUCCAAAGGUCAGCAGUCUAUUGCGACUAAGGUUGCAGUUCAGAUAUGCUGUAAAAUUGGGGGCUCCCCAUGGAGUGUCUCCAUUCCACUGCCGGACCUCAUGGUUGUCGGCUUUGAUGUUUGCCAUGACACUACUGACAAGAAUAAGAGUUAUGGUGCCAUGGUGGCAUCUUUAGACAAGCACAUGUCACGCUAUUUCAGUGCUGUCACAGCUCAUACAAGUGGUCAGGAGCUUUCAACCAACUUGGCUCUCACUAUGACCCAGGCUGUGAUCAAGUACAAAGAGGUGAAUGGUGGAAAGUUGCCAGCUCGUAUCAUUGUCUACCGAGAUGGUGUUGGAGAGGGCCAGAUUCCCUUCGUGUUCAGCACUGAACUUGAGUGCUUAAAGGCUGCCCUAAAUCAAGUGUAUGGUGGCCAAGAAGUGAAGAUGGCAUAUAUCAUUGUAACGAAGAGAAUCAAUACUAAAAUUUUCACUCAUCUAGGUGCUAAUCCCCCACCUGGUUCAAUCAUUGACGAUGUAAUCACUGAUCCUGAAAAGUACGACUUCUUCCUGGUAUCCCAAAGUGUUAAUCAAGGAACAGUCAACCCAACUUCCUAUAAUGUUAUAUAUGACUCGCUCAACCUACCUGCUGAGAGAUUGCAGAGGUUUUGAUUGACAAGUUCUUUGUCAAGCACUGCAUGUCUGGCAUUGCUGAGAACUUUCCUUAUUUUGAACAGUUGUUGUGUAAAUUUGUUUUUUGUUAUCUUGUGAACUGAAAUCCUAGGGAUAAUUAUUUUUUAAUUGACCAUGUACAUGGAAAUGAGGCGUGAUUAAAUUGCGCAUGUCCUUAAAA